GAAGACACUUGCAUGCUGCCGUUGAACCGGUCUACCCAUUUCGUAGACGCUCCUUGAGAAUGUGUCAUUGCUCUAAGAUGUAGUUAAGCAGUAACUGCCUAACCAGGCAUAGGGCUUGCGGUCAAAUCGUCCAGAAAAAUGUCGGGGUUUGUUUCAUUCGGGGAAAAGCUACAUCUCGAGGAUGUUGCCAACGUUUUGUUGGCGAUGAAGACGCCGGAGCGCAUGGAUGCAAAAGCUGACGCUGUCUUCCGGGUGGGCAAGUUCACGUUCCGUGCGGACUUUGACUCGGGCAACCUCAACAGCGUUGAGCCGGGCGCAGCACCCAAUGAGUUUAUGCUGCGCACCAACCGGGACUGCGGCGGUACGGCGAAUGAGAAGGCGACGCGCACCUGGUUCUAUUUUGGUGUGCACGGCCACACAGUGGGCGAGCUGCUGACCAUGACGAUCACCAACCUGAAUAAGCAGGGGAGGCUCUUCUCCCAGGACUACCGGCCCUGGUGCUGGUUCCCGGCGCAGGGCGACUGGCAGCCACUCAAGCUCAAGGUGACGUACCGGCGCGAGGGCGACGACUUCCAGCUGCGCUUCAGCCACCGCUUCGAGAGUGAGGAGGAGGCGCUAUUCGCGUUCGCCAUCCCCUUCAGCUAUGCCCAGAACUGCGAGCUGCUGGACCACCUGGACGCCCUGAUGCAGCCGUACACAGUAAUGCCGCCGCCGUACGAGCUGGAUCCAGCCAAGGACCCCAGCACGGCACCGCAGCCGCCCGGCGUGCCCAGCGCCGCAUCCCGCUUCACGCCGCGCACGCCCUCGCCGGCCAUGUCUGCAAGCGGCGGCACUGGCCCUGUGGCGUCUCGGCGCGUGCCCGCCGCCUCGAUCGCGCGGGGCACUGCAGCCGGUGUUGGCUCGCCGGCAGCCGCCGUGGCGCGACGUAACAGUGGCAUCUCCUCAGACACCGGCGCCCCUGCCUUGGGUGCUGCUGCUGGCGGCGGAGGCGGAGGCGGCGCCAGCUUCAGCGGCGGUGCGGGCUCAUCCGCUCCCUCGUACACGAGCGACGAGGGCCCCUCGCGCCUGUACUACCGCCGGCAGCUGCUGACGCGCUCGCUGGAGGGCCGCCGCAUUGAGGUUAUCACCAUCACCGACUGCGCCGGCGCCGCGGGGGCGGGCGGCGGUGAGCUGGAGCCGCCGCUGCCGGGCGUAUUCGAGCACGACCCCGGGCCGCCGGCCGCCACCUUCAGCCCGGAGCACAAGAAGGUGUUCUUUGUCAGCAGCCGUGUACAUCCCGGCGAGACGCCAGCCACGCAUAUGUUCAACGGCCUGUUGGCGUUCCUGCUGCGUCGCACGGACCCGCGCGCGGCCGCGCUACGACGCCGGUUCGUGUUCAAGCUCGUACCCAUUGUGAACGCGGACGGUGUGGCUGUGGGCAACUACCGAACUGACACUCUGGGCCAGAAUUUGAACCGCUACUAUCUGGGCACACCCGACGAGCAAACGCAGCCAGCCGUGUUCGCCAUAAAGGCGCUGCUCAUGCACUACGCGCAGCAGGGCCUGCUACAGUACUACAUCGACCUGCACGCCCACGCAAACAAAAAAGGCGUGUUCAUAUUCGGCAACACGCUGGAGGACGGCGAGGCGCACCUGCAGAGCCUCAUCUACUCCCGGCUGGUGGCGCUCAACAACCCCGUGUUCGACUUUGUGGGCUGCAACUUCACGGAGAAGAACAUGAGCAGGGCGGACAAGGACGGGGCCAGCAAGGAGGGCGCAGGCCGAGUGGCGCUGUACAGGGAGACGGGGCUGACACACCUGUACACGAUAGAGGCCAAUUACAACACCUCGGCGCGAGUAAACACGGUGGCGCCGGCCAGUGGCGACCACGCCGGCCGCGCCUCGCCGCCCUGCAACCGCCGCUUUCCGCCCAAAUUUACCGCCAGCGUGCUGCAGGGAGUGGGGCGCGCCAUCGCCGUGGCGGCUCUGGACAUGGAGGGCGCCAACCCCUGGACCCGCCUGCCGCACAGCGAGCACCGCAGCCUUGAGGGCGUGCGCAGCUGGAUCAGCUCCGUGCUGCGGGCCGCGUCAGAGACGCGGGCAGCGCACCUGCCGCCCAUGAGCGAUGCGGCGGUGGAGGCAAUGCGGGCCGCCGCCGCGCCGGCCACCGCCAGCGGUCGCUCGUCCGCUUCCGGAAGGCUGGCACGUAGCCGCUCCUCCAGCAUGCGCUCGACGGACGGCCCCCCCAUCAACGCAGUCACAGGCCACGCCUUCGGCCGCGCUGUGAGCAUGUCCUCGUCCGCAGCGGGCGCAAGCCAAGCCAUCUCUCGCCGGCCGCCCAUUCCCGCACCCACACCGCCGCUGCCGUCGCGCCGGAACCUCGGGGCGUCAUCCAUGCAGUCGGGUGCCACAUCAGGGGCGGGGGCGGGCGCCUCUGGUGCCGGGACGCUGGCAGGCCACCGCGGAGCACUUACAGGGGCAGGGGCGCUAGCGCGCAGCGCGAGCCUACCUGUGCGCAGCAGCACGCCACUGGCUUCGCGCCUACACCAGCCGCACCAGUGCCAGCCAUCCGCGCUCUCACAACCCCAGGUGCAAGUGGCGCAGGGAUUGCCACAGCAGCCACGGGUCCUUGAGCACGCGGCAUCGGCGCUAUCAGCGCAAGGCGUUUGGGAGGAAGAGGCACCCGACCUUGGCGGCACGGAGGAUGCCGUGAUAUUGGGGAGCAGCGCUGGCGCAGGCGGCACUGCUCUUGACUGGAGUGUGCCCGAGGGCAGCCUGCCGUGGCCUGUGGAGGACGGUCCAAGUGAGAGCGACGGUGACGACUCGAGUGGCGACGAGGCGGAGGGCCCAGGCGUGCCACCUACGCCAGUCACCACGUCAUCCCCCACAGGCUCCAUGCUGCCGCCACCGCGACCGGGUUCGGCCCGGUUCCGGGGCAUGGACGGGGUGGUGGCGACUGGGAGCUCGCUGCGGGCCUCGCUCAACAGGUCCUUGGGAUCGCCAGGCGGCGCUGGCGGUGGCGGCCUCGGCGGCGGCGGCGCGGUCAAGGAGUUCCGGAUACCGCUGGCUGACCGUGUGCAGCCAGGCAGCGGGGGCGCUGCAGCGGCGCCUGGCUUAGCAGGGCAACCGGAUGGCGGCGCCGCCAGCUCGCCCGUGGCAUUUGACCCAACCCAGCCGGGCAGCAGGGUGCCGUGCAUUGGCGUGGCGGGCAGCCAGGACGUGGGCGGCACCUCCCGCCCUCUGUCAGCGGGCGCGGUGGGGAGGCCAAUGUCCGCUAGCGGCAAACGGCAGGCCUCCGGUGCACCCGCAACAGGAGCUGGGGGCAGUAGCGGCUCAGCCGCUGGCAGUGUCGGUGGGACACACUCCACCUUCGUGAACGGUGGCAGCGGCUUGAACCGCGGCCCAAUUGCGCAUGGCCCGGGGAGCAAGGCAACGAUUGGGAGUUUGUCAACAAUCACAGGCGGCACCGUUGGCGGGUUGGCUGCCCCUCAUGGCUGGCGGGCAUCAGCUGGGCUCAACACGCGCAUCCUAGGGAGCACCGUGCCCCCAAGCAUCCUGCUGGACCCAGCCGCGGCCAGCAGCGGCCCCACGGCCACCCCUAAGAGCCGCUCCAGUCUAAGCUUCGUGCGCUCGUCGAGCGCCAGCCGCAAAGGGCGGUAGCGGCAGCGGUAGCGGUAGCAGCAAUCAUACUCUUGCACUGUAGGCAUCAUUGAUAUGCUGGGCGUGUAUGUCUGCCGCGAGAAUUGAUAUUGAUUUUUCUGACCGCUGUGGCUGUCUCUGGCAGGACUGCAUGCCUGGUGCACGUUAUCUCCGCACAGGUAUAGCAUUUCAUCGUGACCCCUUGCAUGGCGAAGUGGACAGC